AAAAAAUCUGCCGUUUCUGUUGAAUUUGUUUGUUGUCUGGGAACAUCCCUUAUACAGAGACCUACUCCGCCUCCCUCCACUUUGCGAUUUUCACAGGAACUCUAACCCUAAUCAACUCUUGCAGUAACUCUCUCAGCAAGAUUUGGCUCCUAUGGAUAGUAAGAAAAGAAGCUCAGACUCUAUUGAGGAAGUAGUAGGUCAAGAAGUUGAUACUGUUACUGAAAAAACAAUCGUGGAGCAUUCGAAGAAAAAACUGAAGAAAGAUAAGGGAAAGUCUGGAGCAUCUUCUGAUGGAGGUGCUGCCCCUUCUCCUUCUCCUGCUUCUAUGGUUUCUAGUUCUGUCAAACCUAUGGAGAGAAAGAAGAAAAGAAAAUCAUUGGACAAAGAGCGGCACCGUUCUGCUUCAGAGAAUGAAGGGUCACUGCCCAAAGAAACUAGGGUAGAAUCUAAAGCUGAUGAAAGUCAACCAUCCACUGUAGCUUUGUCAAAUAGUGGUUUGCCUGAGUUCCAUAUCAGUGUUUUUAAGGACCUGGCAUUGGCUGAUGUUUCCAUAAGAGAAGUUGCUGCAGGAAAAUUGGUCAUGGAGUUAUUAGAGGUACAGAAGGUAUAUGAUAGGCUGGGGACUAAGGAUUCAGUUGAGGGUGAAUUGAAAUUAGAAGCUGAAAAGGAUGACGGCUUGAAUAACUGUGCUCCAUCAUUGAGAUAUGCCGUGCGUAGGCUUAUCCGAGGCGUUUCAUCAUCAAGGGAGUGUGCAAGACAAGGUUUUGCAUUAGGAUUGACUAUGUUAAUUAAUACAAUUUCUAGCAUCAAAGUGGACUCAUUGCUGAAACUUAUAGUUGACUUGUUAGAAGUUUCUUCAUCGAUGAAGGGUCAGGAAGCAAAAGAUUGUCUCCUUGGCCGCUUAUUUACUUAUGGUGCUCUUGUCCGAUCUGGAAGACUUACUCAAGAGUGGAACUCUGAUAAAAAUACUCCUUGCAUUAAAGAAUUGACCAGUGUUCUUAUCUCUCUUGCAGCAAAUAAGCGAUAUUUGCAAGAACCUGCUGUCGCGGUUAUUUUAGACUUGGUUGACAAGUUGCCCGAUGAAGCUUUAAUAAAUCAUGUUCUUGAAACUCCUGGUCUUGACGAAUGGUUUGAAGGAGCCACAAGUAUCGGGAAUCCUGAUGCUUUGCUUUUAGCUUUGAAAAUUCAAGAAAGGAUUCCUGUUGGCAGCGCAAAAUUCAAGAAACUCUUGCCAAAUCCGUUCAGUCCUAGCAAACUUUUUGCCUCUGACCAUUUGUCUUCUCUUGUGAACUGCUUUAAGGAAUCCACCUUUUGUCAGCCACGAGUACACAGUUUGUGGCCUGUUUUGAUCAAUCAUCUUCUACCUGACAUGGUUUUGCGAGCUGAAGAUGGAGCAUUGGUCUCUUGUUCUUUAAAAAAGCACAAAAAAAAUCGCAAGUGUAGCUCUUCUGAAGAAGAAACUGCAAAUAAUAUUCAGAGUUUCUGUGAAGUUGUUAUUGAAGGCUCUCUUCUAUCAUCAUCUCAUGAUCGUAAGCACUUGGCAUUUGAUAUUCUGUUUCUCCUCCUACCAAGACUUCAUGCAUCGUUUGUUCCGAUUAUUUUGUCAUACAAAUUUGUGCAGUGCUUGAUGGAUAUAUUAUCCACAAAGAACUCAUGGCUGUAUAAAGUUGCCCAAAGUUUUAUUAAAGAAUUAUCAGAUUGGAUCAGAGCUGAUGAUGUUAGAAGAGUUUCUGCUAUUAUAUCUCUGCAGAAACACAGCAAUGGAAAGUUUGAUUGCAUCACACGGGGGAAAACAGUAAAAGAUAUGAUGGCAGAGUUUGAAACAGAAUCUGGUUGCAUGUUGUUUAUUCAAAGCCUAAUGAACAUGUUUGUGGAUGAAGGUCAAGCUUCUGAGGAACCUUCAGACCAGAGUCAAACAACAGAUGACAAUUCAGACAUAGGUUCUGUUGAAGAUAAGGAUUCAGUGGGGAUGAUGGGGAAUUCUGAUUUUCUUAAAAGUUGGGUUGUCGAAUCCUUACCCAGCAUGUUAAAACAUUUGAAGUUGGACCUUGAAGCGAAGUUACGGGUGCAAAAAGAAGUUUUGAAGUUUCUAGCUGUUCAGGGCCUGUUCUCUGCCUCUCUUGGCACUGAAGUAACGUCUUUUGAAUUACAGGAAAAAUUUAGGUGGCCUAAAGGGGCCACCUCCAGUGCUCUUUGCAGGAUGUGUAUUGAACAGAUACAGUCAGUGCUGGCAAAUGCUCAUAAGAUAGAGGGAUCACGUUCUUUGGCUAAUGGGAUGGAGCAGAGUGAUCUUGGGUCUUACUUCAUGUGGUUCUUUAGCACAUUACGUAACAUUCCUUCUGUUUCUCUAUUUCGAACACUGAGUGCUGAGGAUGAGAACACAAUUAAAAAGUUACAAGAAAUGGAAAUUAGACUUUCCAGAGAGGAAAGGAACUGUGGGCUUAGUUCGGAUGCUAAUAAAUUGCAUGCACUGAGGUACUUGCUCAUUCAAUUGCUUCUCCUGGUGCUCCUUAGGCCAGGUGAAUUCACUGAAGCUGCCUCGGAAGUUAUCAUUUGUUGUAGGAAAGCUUUUGCAGUUUCUGAUCUUCCUGACGACUCUGGAGAAGAUGAGUUAGACGGUGAUGGAACACCUGAAUUGAUGGAUGUUCUCGUGGAUACCUUACUAUCUCUGUUGCCGCAAUCAUCUGCUGCUAUGCGUUCUGCUAUUGAGAAGGUUUUCAAAUAUUUCUGUUGUGACGUCACUGAUGAUGGACUUCUACGGAUGUUGCGUGUCAUUAAGAGGGACUUAAAACCUGCUAGACGUCAAGAUGUAGACAUUGAAGAUAAUGAUGAAGGUCAUGAAGAUUUUCUCAGUAUUGAAGAAGACGAGGAAAUUGAUGAAGAGGAGACAGGUGAAACAAUUGAAAGUGAAGAGCAGACAGAUGACUCUGAAGCUCUAGGUGGAAUUGAGGAUUCUGGCAAAGAACUACCUGAAGAUUCUGAUGAUUCUGAUGGAGGAAUGGAUGACGAUGCAAUGUUCCGUAUGGACACUUACCUGGCCCAGAUAUUCAAAGAGAGGAAGAAUCAGGCUGGCAGUGAAACUGCUCAAUACCAGCUUGUUCAAUUCAAACUUCGAGUUCUUUCAUUGCUAGAAAUUUACCUGCAUGAAAAUCCAGAUAAGCCACAGGUUCUGAUGGUAUACUCAAACCUGGCUCAGACAUUUGUUAACCCGCAUACAUUUGAUGGGAGUAAGCAACUUUGGGAGCGUAUUGGGGGAAUUCUGCAAAAACUGGUGUUGAAAGGGAAAGACUUUCCGAAGGGUGAAGCUGUGCAGCUAUCUACCCUUGUUUCCUUGUUGGAAAAGAACUUAAAAUUGGCGUCAAAACCAUUCAAGAAAAAGAAAUCUGCAAAUCACCCAUCCAUCAGAAAGCAGAUGGCCUCUUGGAAUCGACAUGAAAAGAUUGUUAAGCUCGCACAGAAGUCAACCUUUUGGAUUCUGAAAAUUGUUGAUCUAAGACAUUUUUCCGAUUCUGAGCUGCAGAGAGUUUUUGAUGUCUUGCAGGGCACAUUAAUGGGGUAUUUUAGUAGUAAGAAGUCCCAAAUAAAUCCUGAUUUUGUGAAAGAUAUAUUCCGAAGAAGACCAUGGAUUGGGCAUCGCUUAUUUGGCUUUCUGUUGGAGAAGUGUGGUACUGCAAAAUCAGACUUUCGGCGAGUUGAAGCACUUGAUAUGAUGAGUAAAAUAUUGCAAUCGUUGGUUCCUUCUAAGAUGGAUGGGGACAGCCGUACAGCAUCGAAGAAGGUUUUAAAAUGUCACGUACAUAAACUAAUCCAUGUGAUGGAGGAGUUGGUGACAAAUAUGCCAGAGAAGCAAUCAAAGAGGUCUGAAGUUUAUAAGUUCUGUGGUACAGUCUUCAGGAUAAUAUUGAAGCUUGAUCUUACGAAGUCUUUCCUCAAAGAUUUGGCCCCAGAAACUCAGAACGUUUUUGAAAACAAACUUGGCCAGCGAUUCCUUAACUUCACGGCGGGAAAAACAUCAUAGGAAAUUAGGAAAAGUACCCAUAAAUGAAUUAUAGUGACUUAUCAGCUGCUUGCGUGUUGCUGCGAAUGACAUGCAAUUCAACCUAAAGUGUAUUUCAAGGGGCUGUAUCAGCUUGGAUAAUCUCUGCAAUACCCAGAUGAUAUGAAUUCUGCUUCUUUACAUCAGAAGUUCCCCAUUUUCUUCCGUGGAAUUUUCUUGUGGCACAAUUCAUUGAAGUUUUGGCCGCCGGUUGUUCUAGUGUUCAUUUUGAUGGCUCCACGAGUCUACUGGAAAACAUUUUUGAUAUAUUCAGAAAACUGUGGCAUUAGCGUACUCAAUUUCCUGCUUCUGUGUCUUGUGUGGAAAUUUAUUUAUCUUGGUUUGGACACACUUGAGGCUUUUACUCAAUUUCCUGGUACUUCUAACUUGCAGAAUGGAUUUAUUUCUCUUUGAAUUUGAUUUGCUCUCUCAGUUGACCAGCUGUUUACAUUGUUUCUGCUUGUUAACCUUGUAAGCAGCAGAAUUUUCAUUACAGCAGCAUAAUCCGCAGGGUUGAAAAGUUGAGGGUCUUGGUUCUGACUGGUCGUUGAAUAUGGGUUUCAUUUGACGCUUGUGAUACAUCAGUCAGGCUAUUGGAAAUGUAUAUUGUAAACAGAGAAGAAAUAGGAGAACAGUGUCUGUAGGUGGUCGUAUUGUUCUGUUUGAGAUAGGUUUGUGGCCUAACUGUAAGCUUUGGUAUAAGCCACUAGACCGUUAGUGCAUCUGAAGUGAUUUUGAUUGAAAACUUGCUCGUCUAUUGUAAUGGGAAAUGUACCUGUUUGAUGAACUGAAGAGGAGUCUAUUGCCUUAUAGUUAAGUAUGAAAGGUUAAUUGGAAAGUAA